AUGAGUGAUUCGAAAGAAAUUCGUGUAUGGUGCGAUGGCUGCUAUGACAUGGUACAUUUUGGCCAUGCAAAUUCAUUGCGUCAGGCCAAAGCUCUUGGUGAUCGUCUAAUAGUGGGUGUGCACACCGAUGCUGACAUCACAAAACAUAAAGGCCCACCUGUUUUUACUGAAGAAGAAAGAUAUAAAAUGGUUCGUGGAAUAAAAUGGGUUGAUGAAGUUGUGGAAGGAGCACCUUACGUCACUACCCUGGAAACGUUAGAUAAAUACAAUUGUGAUUUCUGUGUUCAUGGGAAUGAUAUCACAACAACAGCCGAUGGGGUGGAUACAUAUCAUCUUGUCAAGGGUGCUGGUAGAUACAGAGAAGUACAACGAACAGCAGGGAUUUCAACUACAGAUCUAGUUGGUCGCAUGCUGCUUCUAACAAGGCAACAUUUCCGACAGGGUGCUCAUGAAUAUGAAGUUGAGCGAGAAGGUUCUUCAACGAUGGGUCAAGAUUCAUUAGCCAGGAGCCCGUGGACAGGUUGCUCCCAGUUUCUUCCCACAACUCAAAAAAUUAUUCAGUUUAGUGAUGGAAAACCACCUAAACCAGGCGACAGAAUUGUGUAUGUAGCAGGAGCUUUUGAUUUAUUUCAUGUGGGACACCUUGAUUUUUUGGAACAAGCAAGAGCACAGGGAGAUUAUUUGAUUGUUGGCCUUCAUACUGAUCCUGUUGUAAAUAGAUACAGAGGAAACAACUAUCCCAUUAUGAAUCUUCAUGAGAGAGUUCUUAGUGUAUUAGCAUGCAAGUAUGUGUCAGAAGUUGUAAUUGGUGCUCCUCUUCCGGUGACUAAUGAACUUAUGGAACAUUUCAAAGUUGAUAUUGUUUGCCAUGGUCAAACCCCAGUGCACCCUACAGAUGAUGACAGAGAUCCUUAUGAAGUGCCCAAGCAACUGGGAAAAUUUAAGCUUUUGGAUUCUCAUAAUAACAUGACUACAGAUAAAAUUGUUGAAAGGAUCAUAUUACAUCGUUUAGAGUACAUAGCUCGUAAUGCAGCUAAACAUAAAUCUCCAUGCUAA